UCCAGAAAAAAUGUUUGAAGUUUAUGUGGAAGUAAGUCACCGAGGGACCGUUACCUCCGAUGCAGAUGCACUUCAUGUACUAAAGCCUGACGAAGGAGCUCAGUAUCCUGAGGUGCGGAGGCAAUUCCCAGAGGAUUACAGCGACCAGGAAGUUCUACAGACUUUGACGAAGUUUUGUUUCCCCUUCUGUGUGGACAGCCUUACAGUCAGCCAAGUUGGCCAGAACUUCACAUUUGUACUUACUGACAUUGACAGCAAACAGAGAUUUGGGUUCUGCCGUUUAUCUUCAGGGGCGAAGAACUGCUUCUGUAUAUUAAGCUAUCUUCCCUGGUUUGAAGUUUUCUAUAAACUACUGAACAUCUUGGCUGAUUACACAAUCAAAGGACAUGAUAGUCCGUGGAAAGAACUACUGGAAACUUUGCAUAAUCAUCCUGUCCCUAAUCCUGGUGUUCCUGUCAGCCUCAGUGUGCAUUCUCAUUUUACUGUGCCAGAUUACAGAGAACUUCCAAGUAUUCCAGAAAAUAGAAAUCUAACAGAAUAUAUUGUAGCAGUAGACAUCAACAAUAUGCUUCAUUUGUAUGCCAGUAUGCUGUAUGAACGCCGAAUCCUGAUCUGCUGCAGUAAGCUAAGCACUUUAACUGCCUGUGUCCAUGGUUCUGCAGCAAUGCUUUACCCAAUGUUUUGGCAACAUGUUUACAUUCCUGUUCUCCCACCACAUCUACUGGACUACUGUUGUGCCCCAAUGCCCUACCUCAUAGGAGUACAUUCGAGUUUAAUGGAGAAAGUUAAAAGUAUGGCUCUGGAUGACGUAGUUUUACUGAAUGUGGACACUAAUACACUGGAAACACCAUUUGAUGAUCUUCAAAGUCUCCCAAAUGACGUGGUGUCUUCACUUAAAAAUCGUCUAAAGAAAGUAUCCACAACAACUGGCGAUGGAGUUGCACGUGCAUUUUUGAAAGCUCAGGCUUCUUUGUUUGGCAGCUACCGAAGCGCUUUGAAAAUUGAACCAGAGGAGCCAAUAACAUUUUGUGAAGAAACAUUUGUGGCUCACCGUUCCAGUGCAAUGAGGCUGUUUCUCCAAAAUGCCAUACAGCUGCAACUUUUUAAACAGUUUAUUGAUGGGAGACUUGAACUUCUGAACUCUGGAAAAGGCUUCAGUGAUAUUUUUGAAGAAGAAAUCAAUAUGGGUGAAUAUGCUGGGAGUGAUAAACUAUAUUACCAGUGGCUUGUAACUGUAAAGAAGGGGAGUGGAGCUAUUAUCCAUACAGUAAGAACCAAAGCUAAUCCUGCUAUGAAGACUGUGUAUAAAUUUGCUAAAGAUCAUGCAAGAAUGGGAAUUAAAGAGGUGAAAAAUCGCUUGAAGCAAAAGGACUUUGCGGAGAAUGGCUAUGCAGCUGCCACUGAAGAUUCACAACAAAGGGCUGUGCCAUCCCCAUUGGUUGAAAAGAAGGAAGUCAAGCAGAGAGAUGACCGCCGACCCAUCACAGUUCAUUUUGGACAGCAUGAAAGAGCUCCACCUCCUCGACCUCCUCCUCCAAAACUACAACGUUCCAUUAGGCCAGCUCGCCCACCACGACCUCAGAUUAGGAGACCUAAGAGCAAUGCAGCUGUAGAAGGUCGAAGAACUUCUGUUUCCAGUCCAGAACAUGUUGUAAGGCCCACAAGGCACUAUACUGUAUUCCUUUCUGAAGAUUCCUCUGAUGAUGACUUUCACCAAGAAGAGGACUCUGUUUCUGGCUUCUCUGAAAACUUUCUCUUCUCCACUCCUUUCGAAUGGCCACAACCAUACAAGACAUUAAAAGAAACAGGUGGUACAGAAGGAGAAGAUAUGCUGACCGUAGAUGGUGACACAGUUGGAAACAUAACCCCACCUAGCCCCACUAUAUCUGACAGAAUGUCAGGAAUUGACUUACUAGAAGACAGCUAUAGUGUCUUGGAAGUGGAGCUUCCUCAUCAGCCUCUCACUCAAGCCAAAAGUCUAGAAGACCUAAGAACUCCUAAGGAUGAUGAUGGUGAACAACGUGGGACAUUUGAUUAUCAGCGUAUGGAGUUAAAUAUGCCUGAAAGGAACAAAAGUCUGCCUGGAAUUAAUCACUUGCCCCCUUACAAUAAACUCUGGAGUAUGGGUCAGGAUGACAUGGCACUCUCUAUGAAAUCAUCUAUAAAUUCCUCAGAAAGGCAUUUAAAACAUUUUGGUGGUGGGGUCCUGUCAGUUUCACCAAGACCCCCAAGUGAAGAAAGUUUACUGACUUUUCAGGACAAAGAGAACAGCGGUACUGGUAUACAAAGUAGCAUCACUAUUCCUAGGCCUCAGGGGAGGAAGACUCCAGAACUGGGCAUCGUUCCUCCUCCACCUGCAAUGAGAGUAGCAAAACAGCAGUCUGUUUUAGCAGAAACUUCAAAGACAUUGUCUGUCGCAGAGCUACUUCAAGAACCGUAUGGAUCCAAAAGGAAGUCCACUGACCCAGAAUAUAGACCAUCUCCAAGUUACUCUUCCCAAGCUUCUCAGCCUUUUUCAGGUUCAUCUCCGAGUGAUGUUCUUAAGCCUACUAAGGUGGGCGCAGAAAGCAUUAGCACUGAGGACCUUCUCAGCCUUCUGGAUCCCCUCAGCUCAAGCAGUAGUGCAUGCACUACUGAAACACAGCCCUCAUUAGACCUUCAGAGAUCCACACACACACUAGAGUCUACUCCUGCUAACUUUCUUUGUGGAGGAACAGAGUUUGUCUCACCGUUUGGACAGCACCUGGGGUACUCAUCUUCUUCAGCACCAAUUGCACCAUUUUCACAGACCUCUCUAAAUCCAUUUACCCAAACUGCACCAUCUGCCCUUCAAAUUCCUUUACCCAGACCAUCUGGAAGCCAAUUUGUGUCACCUACAGUUUCCAUGUUUAACACUAACUACAUCCCUCCAAAUCAUGCCUUCUUCCGACCACAAAGAAACUUCUCAGCACCAUCAUUGUCAAAUGUGUUCAGUCAACCAUCAACACUAACUCCAUCCGUUCCAUUUUUACAGCACAGUCAAACCUCUUCACAGAACAUCUUUAUGCAGCCUGCCUCUGCAACACCCAGUACCAUAUCAGUACUUCAGAUGUCAUCUGUAAGCCAUCACAGGGUAGAUGCCAUACCAGCUAUAGUUUCAGAACCUGUGAUGCCACCUUUGACUGCCUCAAAGUCCUCCAAAGGUAUUGAAAAGUAUACAGCUCCUCCAAAGGCAGAGGAUCAUAAAGAUCCAUUUGAAGAUUUGUUAAACAAGACAAAACAAGAAGUAGCUCCUGUGCAUGGUAAUGUGGAACAGCUCAGAAAGAGAUGGGAGACAUUUGAGUAGUUUGUGCUUGUAAAUAUGAACAAAAUCUCUUUUUGUGCAUCAGGUGAUUCAAAAAUGCAGAAUCUAUUAGCUAUCUGUGAUGGACUUACAAAAACAGAAUGUAUAAAAUGCCAGUGUUUAUCAAACUGAAGUUGUAUUAGUUGCAGCUUAUGUGUUGUAUCCAACUGAGCAUUGAGAACUAUUAAUGGGAUCUGUAACCUUUUGUACCAGUUUUGAACCUGCAGAAGUAUGUUUGCUGUCAGUGAACUGGUGCUUACAGCUCAUUACAAAUGUUUUUUUUCUGUGUAAGAAAAAAGUUGCAAUCUGCUGUUGAAAAACAAAGCGAUACUAUAAUCCUUGCUAGUAGUCAUUUCAGUUUUCUGUAUUUUUCCACAGAUCUUUUUAGUUGUGGUAAAUUUCAUUUCAUGUUUUUGUAGUAUUUUUUGUAUGAACAAAUGUACAGGAAGACACUGUUGUACUCAGUCUGGUGCUGUUAAUUUCAUCUUGUUCAAAAUGCUGAUCAUGCAGAAAUUAAAAUUAUCUUGGGUCCCAGGCCCACAAUA